AUGGUGAUAACUAUUUCUAUUGGAGCAAAGCGGCUAAAGCCUUGCUCAGUAGCCGUGGCUUGUGACAUCACAUCGUCCCCAAAGUGGUAUCUACCCCAGCAAGAAACGCUGCAGAAGGAGAGCCACUCGAGACACAACCUCGUCCCCAAUCCGAAACAGAUUCGGAAAAAGUGGUAUCAAGACGAUCAAACUGCCCUUGUUCUGUUGCAGCAAUCACUUGACAAAAGUGUUCUCCAAUCAUUCAUUGCUUUAGACUCAGCCAAAAGUCUAUGGGAUGCACUCAAGAGAACUUAUGGUAAUAUUUCUAACAUCAGCCGAAUUUUUGAAAUCAAAAAGAGGAUUUUUCAAUUGCAACAGAAUGAGGAGGAGCUCAACAAGCGUGGUGAAGAAGACAAAGUUUUUGCAAUUCUUCUCACGUUAGAUGCAUCCUACAACGAUCUUGUCUACCACCUUCUCCGUCAAUCAAGCCUUCCACAAUUUGAUGAGGCAACCGAAGCUGAAACAUCUGGAGAUGAUCAAUUAGCUUCCCAAGUUGUCGAGCAAUCUGGAAAAUGGUUUCAAGAAGACCAAAUGAUACUUGCCAUCCUUCAUUGCUUCAUGGAUCAUGAUGUUCUCUCAAGCUAUGUGCACAUCAACACUGCCAAAGAGCUGUGGGAAACACUUGAAGGAGCCUACGGUAAUGUCUCCAAUCUGACACGAAUCUAUGAGUUGAAGAAAUCUCUACAUAAUAUUCAUCAAGAGGACAAACUGUUCGUCAAGCAUUUGGGAGAAUUCAACACGAUUCGUGCUGAACUUAAUGAGUUGCGUCCUCCAUCCACGUAUCCCAAGAUUGUUGCUGAACGUCUAGAGCAAGAUAAUAUUUUUGCUCUGCUCUCCUCUCUUCACCACUCAUAUGGUGAUCUUGUUCAGCAUAUCAUACGCCAAGACAAGCUUCCAUCAUUCUCUGAAGUUUGUGCGAUGAUUAAGAAAGAAGAAGGCGCAAAGAAGCUGUUCAAAGGGACAUGUGAAAUUGCUCACUACCGAAAGGUUAAUGUUUCCAACAAACUCAAUAAACAUAUUGUUUGUGAGCACUGCAAUAAGGCUGGGCAUACAAAGAACAAGUGCUGGAUCCUUCAUCCUCACCUCAAACCAUCAAGGUUCAUGGAAAACGCUCCUCAUGGUAAUCCUACAAAAGAAUCAGCUAUGGCGACUUCAACAUCUGAAUUUGUCACUAAGGCAGACUUCAAUAAACUCCACAACUGCUCAAGGAGCAAAAAGACUCAGGAUACUAAGACAUCUCAUGAAAUUGGGAGAGAUGAAAGAUCUAAGUAUACAUGGAUCACUCUUAUGCCAUCUAAAAGUCACGUCUUUGAAACAUUCAAGAAGUUUCAUAAGUAUGUUGCUAACCAUUAUGAUGCCAAAAUCAAGGUUUUUAGAACUGAUAAUGGAGAAAAUCAACGUGGUAAACUGGAUGCACGGAGUCAAAAAUGUAUUCUUGUUGGGUACUCUACCACACAAAAGGGCUAUAAGUGCUUUGAUCCAAUUGCCAAUCGUGUUCGAGUGUCAAGGGAGGUGAUAUUUCAUGAAGAUCUAAGCUACUAUGAUACUCAAUCAUGGAAUACGAUUGAAGACCUUCCUACAUCUCAAGAAGACAAGUUUAGGUCAUUCUGA